GGCUGCCGACUGAGACGCGGAGGUUGCGCGAAGCGGAGCAGGGCGAGAGAAAGCGAGCGCUCGGCUCCCACGCGGCGUCGCUGAACCGCCUGGCCGGGCGAGGGGCUCUGUUGAACUUGGGCGAGUAAGGCGCCCCCUCCCCCGAGACCUCCUCGUGAGUAAGCAAGCGACGGGUCAAGUGCUGUGGGGUGAAACGAUGGACGAGCAGCCUCAAGGCAUGCAAGGGCCCCCCGUUCCUCAAUUUCAGCCACAGAAAGCCUUACGACCUGACAUGGGCUACAAUACUCUAGCCAACUUUCGAAUAGAAAAAAAGAUUGGCCGUGGACAGUUUAGUGAAGUUUACAGAGCGACGUGCUUGUUGGAUGGCAUGCCAGUAGCGUUAAAAAAGGUGCAGAUAUUUGAUUUAAUGGAUGCGAAGGCCCGUGCUGAUUGCAUCAAAGAAAUAGACCUCCUUAAGCAAUUGAAUCAUCCAAAUGUAAUCAAAUAUUACGCAUCAUUUAUUGAAGACAAUGAACUAAAUAUCGUGCUGGAAUUAGCAGAUGCCGGAGACCUUUCUCGAAUGAUCAAGCAUUUUAAGAAGCAGAAGAGGCUAAUUCCAGAAAGGACUGUCUGGAAGUACUUUGUUCAGCUAUGCAGUGCCUUGGAGCACAUGCAUUCACGGCGUGUCAUGCACCGAGACAUCAAGCCAGCAAAUGUAUUCAUUACAGCUACUGGAGUAGUAAAACUUGGAGACCUUGGAUUGGGAAGAUUUUUCAGCUCCAAAACCACUGCUGCACAUUCUUUAGUGGGAACACCUUAUUACAUGUCUCCAGAGAGGAUCCAUGAAAAUGGAUACAACUUCAAAUCAGACAUCUGGUCUUUAGGAUGUCUGUUGUAUGAGAUGGCUGCAUUGCAGAGUCCAUUCUAUGGUGACAAAAUGAAUUUGUAUUCCUUGUGUAAAAAGAUAGAACAGUGUGACUAUCCACCUCUUCCAUCGGAUCACUACUCAGAAGAACUGCGACAGUUAGUUAACAUGUGCAUCAACCCGGAUCCAGAGAAGCGACCAGACGUAACCUAUGUUUAUGAUGUAGCAAAACGUAUGCAUGCACACACCGCCACCAGCUGAAAGACUUGGCAGCUUACAAAGAGAGAAACAACCUGGAAAUGUUCCAAUACUGCUGUUACACAAACACCUCCCACCUUUUCUUCUACUUGCCUGUUGCCUUAAGUUUAGUUACGUGCAUGUGUUUAGUUACAAUGCACGUGUUUAACAAUUUCGUCACAGCUUAUAACUUAGAACUACUUCCAUUUUUUAAAAGGUUAUUAUAAAUAUGAAACUGUUCUAAAAAUGACGAGCAGAAUAAGAGAACUGACAACCAGACUGUCAUAGGAAGAUUGUAAAUUGACAAAAAAUGUUAGAUUGAGAGCACAAAGUAUUUAGCUGUACAAUCAGAUAUGUGUUUGUAUGCAAAUAUGGCUUUUGACUCCUACAAGCAAAACUAAGGAAUCUCUUAGUUGUUUGUAUUAAUUUAUGGAAGUGAUGAAUCAGCACAAUGAGGGAAUUUAGGCUUCAUUAGUGAAUUUAUUGCUGCCUUUUCCCCUCCCUCCUGUAGAGGCAAUUAAUUAAUAGGGAUUUUUUAAAUGAGUUAUACAGUUUACAGUUUAGGUUGUCAGGAUAAAUACAGGGAAAAAACAUUUUAUGGGCUGCUCAACUUUAGCACAGCUGCAGAAUGUGAAAACGUGGAUUAUGGAGGUUGGUUUUUUGCUUUUGUUUCUUUCAAAAAUUGUCCAACACUGAACAAAAUUCCUAGUGAGCAGUUUCAUUUUAUCCGUAUAUAGCAUUUUAAUCGCAACUACUAAACUUUGAUUUCAAGGAUUUCUAUUAUGUUGUGCCUUACUCCUUCAGCCUACUAGGUGAGUAGGAGAAAAUUUAUUUGCAUAGUGCCUGAGAUUAUGUUGGAUAAUCCCCAAAUUCUGUAGUUAUCGAGCCUUGGCUGCCCAGGUAUGAUCAACCCCUCUUGAUUUCAGUAGCUGCGUGGUAAGCACAUGAAAGUGAUGCGCCAGGUAUAGUGCUUAACUUGGGCUGCAUUGUGCCCUCUUGUUUCAGUAUAAAGGUAAAUUGAAUUGGAGCACAUGACAUGUCUCUAAAAGAGGUGGAUUUAAAAGCACUUCUUCGUACACUGUGAUGCCCAAUGAGAACUACUGACUGCAGCAUCUUUUACACCCCUGCAAAACAUUGACACAAAUUUGUUCUGGCUGCAUAACAUUCAACCACGUGGCAAUAGGCAAUCCUUGUGGCAGCUGGGCAUUGACAUAAGUCGUCUGGUACAAUUGAGACAUCUGCUGCCUGAAAGGCAGCUUAAUUGUGGUGCAGUCGCUCUUAGCUUUUUGAUAUCCCAAAGUGAAAUUCUUACAUGUGGAUGGGCUAGAAAGAAUUCUUAAGAUAAAAUAGACAAUCGUUACAUUGUAAUUCAGUUUGUUAAUGCACAUAGAGGUCCAGUCACUUAACAUUUGGAAGGCUGUAAUGUCGAAGAGUCAGAAUGGCCUGAUGGACCAUGAGAACUGGGAUAUCUGUGUCAUGUGUUAAUGCUAUUUGCAGAGAGGUAACUAAUGAGAAACCUGCCAGUAUUUCUUUGUAAAUAGGAAUCCUUACAGUUUUGUCCAAUUCACUUAAAAAUCUUUAGUGAUCGCUUCUUCACUUGUACUCAGUGGUAUCAAACUAUGCAAAAUAAGCAAUAUGUAUAUAACUGCAUCGCUGCUAAUGUUGCCUUGCACACACCGACAGCCAUAGGAUUUAAGACAGUAAGCUGCAAUCCUCUGGGCUCCCAAGGUCAACAGGGAGGUUACCUUGGAGUCUUAGCUUCAAGACGCUCCAGUCCUGGAGCUGGGACUCCAAAGGCCAGUGCCUCCCGCCCCCAGCUGCCGCUCCAAAGUCACAGUUGGGUCUUGGAGGUAGAAAUGGAGUGUGCCUGUAGGAGGGGAGGCAGCUGGGGCUGUGAACUACUGGCUCCUGCUGGCAUCCUAGCCUCCUUCCUUUCCCCUCUGCAGCUGAGUCCAGCCAUCUGGAUACGAUGCCUGCUGUGAGCACAGGGCACAGGUGGAUGCCACCAGGUUUGGGGGCUUGCAGGCGCUGUGAGUGCAGCCUAUAGGACUGUGGCUUGAGGAACGUUCCUCACAGCUGGCAUGGAAAGAAGCUCGUCAGCAACUCUCCAGGGCUGAGAAGGCAGCCUUGAAGACGGGUUGAGGAAGGUGUUGCGGAGACAGAAGGGAGGGGGGACUGAAGUAGUCCGGAUGCAAGAUACCCUAACACCCGUCCAGUCUCUGUCUCCUUCUGAGAUGCCUUAGUAGAUGGGCGAAGCUGCAGGAUUGGAGGCAAAGAUCACUUCCACUACUUCUCUCACCAGAUGCCUGCAAGCCUCCAAGGUCAGAUUGCAUUAUAGCAGGAGCGUUGUUUGCUGUGCUUACAACCCGACCUAUUGAAUGUUUAGCUGGAAGCAAGUUCCACUGAAUUUUAUGGGACUUACUCCCAUAUAAGUGGCGUGAAUUGCACCUUGAGGGAAAACUGCUUCUGAAAAUAAUAGUGUUACCAGUAAUUAUGAAGUUGAUAAGCCAACACCUGCCAAACAAAAAUUGUCUGGUGUUGAUAAUGGGUGUUACAUUGAAUGAAAGUUGAUUACAUAGGUAAGCACAAGAAUGUUACAGAUAUUUCAUACAGAUGCCAUUGGCAUUAGAAAUAUCAGGAAAGUGUAGAAAUCAAGAAAUUCGAGAUUGGUACGGAUGCUCCAAAGGCACUCUGUCAUGGCAUAGCCAUGGAAAUACAUGAUAAUGAAGACAGCCCUGCCAGAUCAAUUGAGCAUCUCGCUUAUUAUGCUCUUCCCAGGACUCAGGGAAAUAUGGCUAAUACAGAGGUCCCAUGCCGCAUAUUACAGCUAUGAAAGCAAAGGGCCGACCCAGAAGUCACUAGUUUCUUCUAUCCCACUUGGCUAACACUCAAAGGACAAGCUGACCCGUGCAGGGCUGGCAGUGCAGAAGCUUCCAGUGCUGGCAAUAACUGGUCCCUCCCUAGGAGGAAGCUCUACUGCAUGCAUCCCGAGUGCGGUGGGAGGACAGUCAGACCUGUGAUAUAGAACUAGCUCAGACUCGCACAUCAGCUUCCCCUCCCUCUGUAUGGCAUUUGAUGGGGAUUUCAGCAGGUCCCCUUAUGCACUGUAUUCCAUGAAGUGAGAAGGCCAGGGAGUUCCAUCAGCUGCUGCUUUUGCUACAAAAGCUCAAGCUUGUUGCAUAUAUAAUAUAUAUAUAUGGGUUUUAAUGGCAGUUAUCCCCACUUUGGGGUUGCUGGGGUAGCAGGUAGCCACUUCACCAUAUCCAGUCCUUUUGUUCUUACUCAAGUGAAGGACAGUGGAAGGGUGGGGAAAAAGGGACCGGAAGAGGCAGAGUCCCAGUGAGUCUUGGGUUGAGGGGUAACCACAAGGAAUCUGCUCCACUCAUAUUGUGCUCCCAGCUCAAUUCUAAUAAAAAGUCGGACUGUUCUUCCUGUGAAGAGUCAGUGGAACAUUCUUUUCGACUGCUACAUCACCCAGGGCUAAAUUUCCAACUGAAUACUUUUAUAUCACAAUUAAUAUUUAAUGGGUGCCUAAAGUUUUUUUUUCCAGCACGAGUGGAAAAUAUUAUUCUAGACUUCGCAUGUGUAGAUGUUGCUGUUAACAUUUCAUGUAUUUAUUUUAACAAAACUGUAAUUUGCAUUAAGAAUGCAUAUUCUUUGAAAUGAAUGUAUUAGUAACCAAAACAUGCAUAACUUUUCCACAGCCUUAUGCAAGGCACUGUACACAAGGAUUGUAAUCUGUGUUUGGAAAUCUAUGUUGUAUGAUAGCUUAAUGUAAAUAAAGAACACAAAAAUAAAUAUAUUGUAAAAUA